CGGGCGGGGCGCGCUGAAGCCGGUGCUGCGCAGCAGCCCGGCCUUCGCGGUGGAAGUCUUCCGCUUCAAGGACUCGCUGGCCGAGGACCUGCGGAAGGCGGACCUGGUCAUCAGCCACGCAGGUGCAGGCAGCUGUCUGGAGACUCUAGAAGAAGGAAAACCACUAAUAGUAGUAAUAAACGAAAAGCUGAUGAACAACCAUCAGCUCGAACUGGCACAACAGCUCCACAGAGAUGGGCACGUCCUCUGCUGUAAUUGCAGCACUCUUGUGGAGACACUGCGGUCGAUGGACUUGUCAACUUUGAAACCUUUUCCUCCUGGACAGCCAGAAAAGUUUGCUUUGUUCUUGGAUAAAGUUGUGGGGUUUCAAUUUCAGCUGUUUUCAUCUCAAAUUCAUCACAUGGAAGUUAGGAAAGCUUGCGUCUUGUUUAUGAGGCAACACCAGCAGAAGUUUGAAUCUUAUGUGGAAGGAUCAUUUGAGAAAUACCUUGAACGACUAGGAGAUCCAAAGGAAAGUGCUGGCCAGCUGGAAAUGAAUGCUUUAUCAGUGUUGUACAAGCGAGACUUUAUUCUGUACCGGUACCCUGGAAAGCCACCCACUUAUGCUACAGACAAUGGCUUUGAAGACAAGAUUUUCCUGUGUUGUUCCGGCAACGGCCAUUAUGACUCUGUGUAUACAAAACAAUUCCAGGAAAAUGCUGCUAUUUGCCAGGCUGUAUUAUAUGAGGUCCUGUACAAAGAUGUGUUCGGCAUGGAUGAGGAAGAAUUAAGGUCUGCAGUUGAGGUGUUUCGAAGUGGAUCCAAGAAGAACAGAAACAGUGGCUCUGUAGGAAGUGAGGAUGCAAACUUUGAUUGUCUUCAUGAAAAAGCGUCCAGAAAUCCAUCAGAAAAGAGAGUGGACAACUGGGAAGGCAACGAUACUGACAAUCCACAGGAAGAUAAGUUCAAACAAGGCAUUGAAGAAGAAAAGCCUCCAGAAAAUCCAUCAAAGAUGCCUGUUCCUUAUAAAGUGCUAAAGGCACUGGACCCUGAGAUCUAUCGAAAUGUGGAGUUUGAUGUUUGGCUGGACAGCAGAAAAGAGCUUCAAAAAACUGACUACAUGGUGUUUGCUGGGAGACAGUACUAUUUAGGAGACAAGUGUCAGGUACGUCUGGAGCCUGGAGGUAAGUAUUACAAUGCUCAUAUCCAGGAAGUCGGACAGGAUGGCAACACGUUGACUGUAUUCGUUGAGGAGCUGGCAGAAAAGCAUACAGUUCCUUUGGCAAACUUAAAACCAGUGACACAAGUGGCGCCUGUCCUUGCUUGGAAUAUGGUUCCCAGCCGAAAAGGAGGAGCCUAUCAGAAAAUAACAGGUGGAUACUUCUCAGGAAUAGAAAUGGAUAUGAAAACACGGAAGAGAAUGCUUAAGAAAGUUCGUGGAAAGGAAGUCUUUAUGACUGUGGCUUAUAGCAGGGGGCAGCCAGUUCUUCCACCCCGGCUACAGCACAGUGUUCCUUCGGGGCACUCUCCUCCAGUUCACUGCUCACAGGGUGGUGGAAACAUGGCACCUUAUGAACCCUAUCAUCCUCAGAAUCCUCCUCAGAGACAUAACCGUGGAUUUGGGAUGCCAAGGGGAUCUGCCCGAUUUAUAAACAGGCACAACAUGGUUGGCCCUCAAAUAGCAUUCUACCCCAGUCCAGGAAAGAGAUGCUAUCAGAGCUAUGACAAUUUCUCCUGCAGGUCCUGCUCAUCCAGCCGUAGCCGCCGUCAGAUGCAGUGUGUGAAUAAGGAAUGUCAGUAUGGGUUCGUACCAGAGAAUGGAGAGGAGCCUCAGGGACCAGAAGAAACUAUAACUUUCUAUGAAAUUGAAGGAGAGGAUGACACUGCUUUUCCUACUUUACCAAGCCAGGGUAGCCCUGCUCCCAUUGUCCAUGGUCCAGCAGGAUUUUGGGUAGCAAGGAGAGGCCCAAACUCUGUUCCACCUAACAAGCAGGCCCUGAAUUCCUCAGAGGAGGAAGAAGAAACAAGUGAAAAUGGGAAAUUUCAUGAAGAAUAUAUCUAUGCACCUCCAGAUCCCGACUGUGAAACUGCAACAGUAUUUAGUUCAGCAGAACCUACAGCAAACUUAUCCCUUCAGGAAGAAGGGCCAGUCUCUGUGUCACCUCAAGAUGGAGUGACUUCCUACAGCUAUCCCCAGAAGGUGAUGGUGAACUCUGCAGCAAUCUCAACCUCAACAGGUGUUUAUGCUGCUCCAGCUACAGGCUUCUCCUCAAAUUCUGCUGCCUCCACUCCAGCCAGUGCCACAACAGCAGUUCCCCCACAAACAGCAGUUCAGCCAGUCAUAGUAUCUCCCCUUUCUAUAGGGAGGCCAGCAGUUUCUUCGGUGCCAUUCCCAAUUUAUUCAGCUCCUCUUCCUCCAGUCAGUGAGGUGGGCGAAGCUGGUGCCGUUCUUCCACCUUACUCUUGUGAUCCCAGUGGCAGUGAUCUGCCUCGAGAUGCAAAGGUCUUGAGGUAUUACUUUAAUCUGGGAUUGCAAUAUUAUCAUCAGAGCUAUUGGCCUUCCAUGGUGUACGUACAGCCAGUGCCGCCACCAUCACCUGUGGAAGUUUAUCCAGCAUAUGCUGAGCCAGCUCCUGUCCUAGAUCAGUCAGUACCUCAGCUCUACACUGAUGCUGGGCGAACUGAAGUCCACCAGGUUCCCUUGGAAGCACCUGCGAAUGGUAACUUUCAAAAUGCAGAGCCUCCGCCCCUGUCCUAUGGGCCAGUAUAUUACCCAGUCGUAUCGGACCCCUUCAGCCAGCAAUCUCUUCCUGGGUUUGAUUCCUUAGUACCUGCCUAUCGCUAUAUUAGUACCUGGCAUCCAGUAAAUCCACCGUAUGGAAAUUCUCCACAAAUUGCUAAUGCUGUAAGUUCUGGACCGCUGCACCAAGUCAGCUAUAUUGCCUCACCUAACCCUGCACCUCAUGAUGUGCCUCAGGGAAUGUAA